AUGGCAGAUAAAAUAAAAAUAAAUUCUAAAUUUAAUAUGCAAAACAACUAUGAACCGUCUGAUUCAGAAAACGAAUACUCAACAUCUGAAAAGAAAAUCAUGGAUAAACUUCGAAAAAGAAAAUAUGAUUCAGAAAGUGAAGAUGAAGUAUAUGCGUUUUCAGAGUCUGACGAAGACUCUGAAUCUAAAAAUGAUUUAGGUAUAGCUGACAGUGAUGUAGAAGGGCAAGAGAAAUCUGAUGAUGACUUACCAGAUCCCAAAGCAUGGGGUAAAAAAAAGAGGUCAUAUUAUUCAACAGAUUAUGUGGAUGAAGAUUAUGGAGGAUUUGGUGAUGAUGAAGAAGAUGCACUUAUGGAAGAGGAGGAAGCUAAGAAUAUACAAAAAAGGUUAAUAGAACAACUCGGUGAAGAUGAUUUUACAUUAGAUUUUAUUAAUAAAGAAGCUGCAAAAACCGAGAAAGGAGAUACUCUGAUAAAAAGUGAUAUUAGUCAGAUGUCAAAAAGACAAAAACUCCAAUUGCUAGAAAAAGAGAGUCCAGAGUUUUCAGGUCUCAUUAAUGAUUUCAAAUCAAAGUUAACUGUGGCAAAGGAUGACUUACAUCCAGUUUUAGAACUUGUAAAGGGUGGAAAGUUACCUAAUUGCUCAGCAUCUAAAUUUGUUAAAACUAAUUAUGAACUGAUUUUGAAUUACUGUACAAAUAUUAGCUUUUACCUAUUAUUGAAAAGUCAAAAAAUUAAUAUUCAGAAUCACCCUGUUAUUAAAAGGCUUUAUCAAUACAGGCAGAUGUUACAAAAGAUGGAGCCUAUAUAUCUUGAAGUAAUUAAACCACAAAUUGAUAAAUUGUUAAAUGCAGUGAAAAAUAAUUUACAAUUGCAAGUAAUAGAAAGCAAGAAGAGAAAGGUUAGUAAGCAAUCAACUGAGUACCCAACCAAAAAACUUAAAUUAAUGAAAGCUGUUGAUAAAGAUGAUGGUGAAGACACGGGAGUAUCUGAUGAUGAGGAGUAUGAAGGCAAUGACUUUUUUAAUAAUAAGGAAGAUAUAGACAAUAUGAACAAAAGUAUCUCUCAAUCUGAGGAAAGUGGAUUCUCAGAUAAUGAUGAGAUUGACAAUGAUCAAAAUAAACCAUCUACUUCUGCUGGAGAAAUGAUUGCUGAAGAUUUGGGUAACAAGAGAGAAAUAACUUAUCAAAUUGCUAAAAAUAAAGGUUUGACUCCACAUAGAAAGAAGGAACAGAGAAACCCUAGGGUUAAACAUAAGCUUAAAUACAGAAAAGCUAAAAUAAGAAGGAAGGGUGCGGUUAGAGAAGCGAGAACUGAAAUUACAAGAUACGGUGGUGAAUCAUCAGGCAUAAAAGCAAAUGUCAAAAAGAGCAUUAAAAUAAAA